AUGCGGGGCCGAAGCGUGGUCCUGUGGCUCUUCCUCGCUCUGCGCACAGCGCUCAGCGGGAUGGAAGUGCGGUGGUGCACCACCUCAGACCCAGAGCAGCAGAAAUGCAGUGACAUGAGCAAAGCCUUCCAAGAGGCCGGGAUCCAGCCACCCGUUGUGUGUACCCAGGGCACCUCAGUGGACCACUGCAUCCAGCUCAUUGCGACCCGGGAGGCUGACGCCAUCACCUUGGAUGGAGGAGCCAUUUAUGCGGCAGGGAAGGAGCACGGCCUGAAGCCCGUGGUGGGCGAAGUAUAUGAUCAAGAGGUCGGCACCUCUUACUACGCUGUUGCUGUGGUCAAGAGGGGCUCCCAGGUGACCAUCAACACCUUGAGAGGUGUGAAGUCCUGUCACACGGGCAUCAACAGGACGGUGGGCUGGAACGUGCCGGUGGGCUACCUGGUGGAGAGCGGCCGCCUGUCUGUCAUGGGUUGCGACGUGCUCAAGGCUGUCAGCGACUAUUUUGGGGGUAGCUGUGUGCCGGGGGCUGGAGAGACGAGCUACUCAGAGUCCCUCUGUCGCCUGUGCCGGGGCAAUGCUGCUGGGGAGGGGGUGUGUGACAAGAGCCACCUGGAGAGAUACUACGACUACAGCGGGGCCUUCCGGUGCCUGGCGGAAGGGGCCGGGGAUGUGGCCUUCGUGAAACACAGCACCGUGCUGGAGAACACGGAUGGGAAAACUCUUCCCUCCUGGGGCCAGGCACUGCUGUCCCGGGACUUUGAGCUGCUAUGCCGGGAUGGCAGCCGGGCUGAUGUCACCGAGUGGAGGCGAUGUCACCUGGCCCGGGUGCCUGCUCAUGCUGUGGUGAUGCGGGCGGAUGCAGAUGGGGGCCUCAUGUUCCGGCUGCUCAAUGAAGGCCAGCGUCUCUUCAGCCGUGAGAGCAGCAGCUUCCAGAUGUUCAGCUCCAAGGCCUACGGCCAGAAGGACCUGCUCUUCAAAGACUCCACCUCCGAGCUGGUGCCCAUCGCCACACAGACCUAUGAGGCCUGGCUGGGCCGCGAGUACCUGCACGCCAUGAAGGGCCUCCUCUGUGACCCCAACCGGCUGCCUCACUAUCUGCGCUGGUGUGUGCUGUCCACUCCCGAGAUCCAGAAGUGUGGAGACAUGGCUGUGGCCUUCAGCCGGCAGAGGCUCAAGCCAGAGAUCCAGUGUGUGUCGGCCGAGUCUCCCCAGCACUGCAUGGAAUGGAUCCAGAAUGGGCAAAUCGAUGCAGUGACCCUGAAGGGCGAAGACAUCUACACAGCAGGAAAGAAACAUGGCCUGGUCCCAGCGGCAGGGGAGCACUAUGCCCCGGAGGACAGUAGCAACUCCUACUUCGUGGUGGCUGUGGUAAAGCGGAACAGCUCCUACGCCUUCACCCUGGACGAGCUCCGAGGCAAACGAUCCUGCCACUCUGGGUUCCACAGCCCCGCGGGCUGGGACAUCCCCGUGGGUGCCCUGGUGCAGAGGGGCUUCAUCCGGCCCAAGAACUGUGACGUCCUCACAGCUGUAAGCGAGUUCUUCAGCGCAAGCUGUGUGCCUGUGAACAAUGCCAAGAAUUACCCAUCCCCACUGUGCGCGCUCUGUGUGGGGGAUGAGCAGGGCCGAAACAAGUGCGUGGGCAACAGCCAGGAGAGGUACUACGGCUACAGCGGCGCCUUCAGGUGCCUAGCUGAGAAUGCAGGGGACGUCGCCUUCGUCAAGCACACGACUGUCUUCGAGAACACAAAUGGCCAUAAUUCUGAGCCCUGGGCUGCCCAGCUAAGGUCAGAGGACUAUGAGCUGCUGUGUCCCAAUGGGGCCCGGGCUGAGAUGUCCCAGUUUGCAGCCUGCAAUCUGGCACAGAUGCCAUCCCACGCCGUUAUGGUCCGGCCGGACACCAACAUCUUCACCGUGUAUGGACUGCUGGACAAGGCCCAGGACCUGUUUGGAGAUGACCACAAUAAGAAUGGCUUCAAAAUGUUCGACUCCUCCAACUAUCAUGGCCAAGACCUGCUUUUCAAGGAUGCCACGAUCCGGGCAGUGCCUGUUGGGGAGAAAACCACCUACCGGGACUGGCUGGGCCCUGCCUACGUGGCGGCUCUGGAAGGCAUGCUGUCCCAGCAGUGCUCAGGCGCAGCGGCCCUGGCCCCCGGGCUGUCCCUGCUGCUGCUGUCGCUGCUCCUGCUGGGCCUCCCUGCCGGCCUCCUGCAACCCACCCUCUGAAGCAGCCCCGGGCAAGCCCGGCCCUCCCUUGGAAUGGAAACCUACUC